AAAAAAAGAAAUACCCGAGACUGGGUAAUUUAUAAAGAAAAGAUGUUUGAUUGGCUCAUGGUACCACAGGCUGUGUAGGAAGCAUCGUGGCAUCUGCUUUAGGGGAGGCCUCAAGGAACUUUUAUUCAUGGUGGGAAGCCUGCAGGUGUCUUACCUGGCAAGGAGAGAGAGAGAGAGAGAAAGGAGGGAGGGAGAGAGAGAAAAAGAGAGAGAGGGAGAGAAAGAGAAAGAGGGAGAAAAAGGAGGUGCUACACACUUUUAAACAACAGAUCUUGUGAGAACUCACUUCCUGUACAGUGCAAAGGAGGGUGGUACUAAACCAUUCAUGAGAACUCCAUCCCCGUGACCUCCCCCCAGGCCCCACCACCAACACUGGAGAUUACAGUGAGGCUUGGGUGAGGACAGAGUCAAACUGUAACAAGGAGCAGCAGGUGUGGCACUCAGGAGGGAUCGGGGCUCCUGUGGACCUCCCACUCCCUCUGCUCCUUCCCAUUCCAGGACGGUCCUGGGGCUUGGUCCUCCCUCAUGAGCUCACUGGGGGCUGAAUGGGCCUGGAGGACCCCAAACUUCAUUAAUUAUGAGUUGUUUUUGCCAAGGACAUUUCAUCUAUGACAUCUUUGCUUUGGUGUAAACAGACCAGUCUUCCUUCUACCUCAUGGGGAGUGAUGUAUGCAAUGUAUGUUCCAUAAAAUGCUUCAAAGGGAGAAAGAAAGAGAAUAUGAUCCAAUUAUACAAAAUAUGUUGGCAGACUCCUAUUGAUCCUUCAAAACCCUAAUGCAGUAUUGCCUCCUCCAUGUAGACUUUCCUGAUUACCCUGACAGCGUUACAGGGUUACUCACAUCUUCCCCUACCCGUGCUGUGCUGCACGCACAUUUCUGCUUCAGGGGAGGCCUCAGGGAGCUUUUAUUUAUGGCAGGAACUGUGGGCACUGUGAUGGUGGCUAUAGUCGUGGCUCCUGGAUGCCCGCAUCCAGCCCACUGGACCGUGAACUGUGAGUGGAGGGACCAAGGCCUCUUCAUCUUUGUGUGCUGUACCCAGCCCUGCUCUUGGCUCAGAGCAGACCUGAAUCAUUCUCUGUUGAAUGCAAAGGAGCACUGAGAACAGCAUUUUGCCAAAUCUUAAGCAUGACAGAAACGUUUACUGCAUCAUCUCAUUGAACUCUUCCUCUGGCUUCCCCUCUCUCAGUUGUUCUGAACCAGCAUGGCACGGCCAACGCUUGGUGAUGGCUGCAGACCUGGGAAGGGGCUGGGACCGGGGCUCACCCCUGCUCACUCUGUGGCUCAGGCCCAGCUGGGGGUUGAGGGUGAUCUCACUUGAGCUCCCCGUGUGGUUGCUGCUAGACUGGGCUGGAGUGGUACCUGGGGGCUGCAUGGAUGUCUCUAUCCACAUCCUGUGAGCUGGCCCACCAGGCUGCACACAGACAUCUGUCUCUCUCCUCUUGUGCUCUCGGGGCCCCCGUGGGUGUUCUCUGCUAUGGACCAGUUGGGGCUUCCUUCCAGCGUGGUGCCCGUACAGCAGUGGAACUGCUGCCAUGAGGCCUGGGCUGCAGCGAGGGGGUUCCUGCAGAGAAGGCAGAGGCUGUGUGCCCUUUUGGGUCCCAGCCUUGGAAUCCACAGAGUAUCACUUCCACAGUCAACCUGUCGGAAGACCGCCUGGGUUCAAGGGGAGGGAACAAAGGCCCUGUCUCUCACUGAGAGCAAAGUCAAAGCACUUGGGGCUGUGUUUGAACUCUGCCACCAUGACAAAAACAUGGCUCUGGAGGGCCUGGACCCCCAAACCAGCCUCCAUAGCCUGAUUCUCCAGUGAUGGCUUUGAUUCUCCAGUGAUGGCUUUGAUUCUCCAGUGAUGGCUUUCCUUGCUGCUGGGAGGGCUGGAAGCUGCAGUGCCACCACUGAGGGAGUGUCUAUGGUGGCAGGCACCAGGCAUGCAUUACCUUUUCUGCUCCCAGACCUGGGAGGUGGCCUCACUGAGCCCCUUUGGGACUGAGGCUUGGAGAAGUAUGUGGCCAGCCUGAGGUCACAGAGCCCAAGGAGCAGAGUCUGGAUUAGAACCUGCGCCUGUCUGGCCCCAAGCCUGGCCUUGCUGGCCCUCCACGUGUCCUUCCAGGGCAGGAGCUGACGGAGCCCUGUUGAGCUGCAGCACGCACCCAUAGCUCAUGGUCAGUGCCGUUCUGUUUGCUCCAGGUUUAAGUCCAGACGUCUGUGACAGCCAGGCAAGUGGGGGUGGGUGAAUGUAUGAGGAGACUCAUCCCAAACAGGCGGAGGGCAGAGGGGCUGUUUCUUCCAGGCACACUGACACAAGCCAUGCGAGACAAAGAAAAGCCCGGCCCCUUCCCCCGAGGCCACUAAUCCAGACUGCCAUCUGUCCCCAGCUUUCACAGGCCACCUCCCUCAGAGUCACCACUGAGGUUAAGAUGCAGCGGCCCUGCGGCAGCUCAGUGUGGAGCUGUCACUGUGCCAGAGCUCACGGGCAGGCCCUGCUCCGUCGAUGGGGGAUGGAGGGCGGGGGCACACCUGCUCCCCAGGCCACAUCUUCAAGCACAGCCAGGAAGUACCAGGGCGUGGCCUGUUUCUGUUUUCGUUUUCUCCCUUCUGGGUCUCCUCGUCUCCAGGAUCACACGCACGAAUUGAAUGGUGCCUGGCUAGCGAGUGAGUUCCUCGAUGCAUCCCGUGCAGCUGAAAGGCAGUGGGGCCAUCCCUGAUGGUGCCACCAGCAGGUCACAGCACCCCUCGCAUUUCAUCCACACCACCGCACCUGCUCUUGUGCACUCGUGCCAUGUUCAUGUGCAUGCUCACACACACGCGGGAGGCCCUGCGGGGCAGGACGGAACAUCAGCUUGAGCAAUUCUGGGAUGGAACCCAGAGGCCGGCGGUGCUUCAGGCCUCUCGAGAGCUAGCCAGGAUUGGCUCCAGCCUGGCUCCACACCCGCCUUGCAGCCUGAGGGCCUCCCCGAGGUCUGUGUGUCCCCCGCGUCUGUGCUCGUCACCGCUGAGCCUGGGUUCUCCGUGCUCUGGCUCUGAUCCUCUCUGCGUUAACUGAGGUGAUCCUGAUCCUGACGAAGUACUACCACGCAGACAUGGGGAAGGUUCUGGAAAGUUCGCUGUGGCGGUCGUCGGAUUUCGGGACGUCCUACACCAAGCUCACCCUCCAGCCUGGCGUCACCACCGUCAUCGACAACUUCUACAUCUGCCCGACCAACAAGAGGAAGGUCAUCCUUGUCAGCUCCUCACUCAGUGACCGGGACCAGAGCCUAUUCCUCAGUGUGGACGAAGGCGCCACCUUUCAGAAGCAGCCCAUUCCCUUCUUCGUGGAUACUCUGAUUUUCCACCCUAAGGAGGAGGACAAGGUGCUCGCCUACACAAAGGAGAGCAAGCUCUACGUGUCAUCUGACUUGGGGAAAAAGUGGACACUUCUGCAAGAGCGAGUGACCAAAGACCACGUGUUCUGGGCUGUGUCUGGGGUGGACGCUGACCCUGACUUGGUCCACAUGGAAGCCCAGGACCUCGGUGGAGGUUUUCGGUACGUCACCUGCCCGAUCCACAACUGCUCCGAGAAGCUGCUGGCAGCCCCGUUCGCAGGCCCCAUUGACCACGGGUCUCUGACCGUGCAGGACGAUUACAUCUUCUUUAAGGUAACAUCAGCAAACCGGACAAAAUACUAUGUCUCUUAUCGCCGCAAUGAAUUUGUCCUGAUGAAGCUGCCAAAGUAUGCAUUGCCAAAGGAUCUGCAGAUCAUCAGCACGGACGAGAGUCAGGUGUUCGUGGCGGUGCAGGAGUGGUACCAGAUGGACACCUACAACCUGUACCAGUCGGACCCGCGCGGCGUGCGCUACGCGCUGGUCCUGCAGGACGUGCGCAGUUCACGGCAGGCGGAGGAGAGCGUGCUCAUCGACAUCCUGGAGGUCAGAGGGGUGAAAGGAGUCUUCCUGGCAAACCAAAAAAUUGAUGGGAAAGUGAUGACACUUAUAACCUACAACAAGGGCCGUGACUGGGAUUACCUGAGGCCACCCAGCAUGGACAUGAAUGGAAAACCAACCAACUGCAAGCCUCCAGACUGCCACCUGCACCUGCACCUGCGCUGGGCAGACAACCCCUAUGUAUCAGGCACCGUGCACACCAAGGACACCGCCCCAGGCCUCAUCAUGGGGGCAGGUAACCUGGGCUCGCAGCUGGUGGAAUAUAAAGAAGAAAUGUACAUCACGUCAGACUGCGGUCACACCUGGCGGCAGGUGUUUGAGGAAGAGCAUCACAUCCUGUACCUGGACCACGGCGGCGUGAUCGUGGCCAUCAAAGACACCUCCAUCCCCUUGAAGAUCCUCAAGUUCAGUGUGGACGAGGGCCUCACCUGGAGCACGCACAACUUCACCAGCACCUCGGUGUUUGUGGACGGACUGCUAAGCGAGCCGGGGGACGAGACGCUGGUCAUGACGGUCUUUGGCCACAUCAGCUUCCGCUCCGACUGGGAGCUAGUCAAGGUGGACUUCCGGCCCUCAUUCUCCAGGCAGUGUGGCGAGGAAGACUACAGCUCCUGGGACCUCUCCAACCUGCAGGGCGACCGCUGCAUCAUGGGCCAGCAGAGAAGUUUCCGGAAGAGAAAGUCCACAUCCUGGUGCAUCAAGGGGAGGAGCUUCACCUCGGCGCUCACGUCCCGCGUGUGCGAGUGCCGGGACUCGGACUUCCUGUGCGACUACGGAUUUGAGCGCUCCCCCUCCUCAGAGUCCAACACCAACAAGUGCUCUGCCAACUUCUGGUUUAAUCCAUUGUCCCCGCCUGACGACUGUGCCCUGGGCCAGACCUACACCAGCAGCCUUGGGUACCGGAAAGUGGUGUCCAACGUGUGUGAGGGUGGGGUGGACCUGCAGCAGAGUCCGGCGCAGCUGCAGUGCCCCCUCACGCCGCCCCGGGGCCUGCAGGUCAGCAUCCAAGGCGAGGCGGUGGCCGUGCGGCCUGGAGAGGACGUGCUGUUUGUGGUGCGGCAGGAGCAGGGCGACGUCCUGACCACCAAGUACCAGGUGGACCUUGGGGAUGGCUUCAAGGCCAUGUACGUGAACCUUACACUGACCGGGGAGCCCAUCCGGCACCGCUAUGAGAGCCCCGGCAUCUACCGCGUGUCCGUCAGGGCAGAGAACACGGCGGGCCACGAUGAGGCAGUGCUCUUCGUCCAGGUCAACUCCCCCCUGCAGGCCCUCUACCUGGAGGUGGUUCCUGUCAUUGGCAUCAACCAGGAGGUGAACCUCACAGCUGUGCUGCUUCCCUUGAAUCCCAACCUCACCGUCUUCUACUGGUGGAUCGGCCAUAACCUGCAGCCCCUCCUUUCCCUGGAUAAUUCCGUGACAACGCGGUUUUCGGACACGGGCGACGUGCGUGUGACGGUGCAGGCCGCCUGUGGGAACUCGGUGUUGCAGGACUCCAGGGUCCUCCGUGUGCUGGAUCAAUUUCAGGUCGUGCCUCUGCAGUUUUCCAAGGAGCUGGAUGCCUACAACCCGAACACACCUGAGUGGAGGGAAGACGUGGGCCUGGUGGUCACCCGGCUGCUCUCCAAGGAGACCAGCGUCCCUCAGGAGCUGCUGGUGACCGUGCUGAAGCCGGGGCUGCCCACUUUGGCCGACCUUUACGUGCUCCUGCCCCCUCCCAGGCCCACGAGGAAGAGGAGCCUCUCAAGUGAUAAGAGGCUUGCCGCCAUCCAGCAGGUGCUGAAUGCACAGAAGAUCAGCUUCCUCCUGCGAGGCGGAGUCCGGGUCCUGGUGGCCCUGAGGGACACAGGCACAGGUGCUGAGCAGCUGGGCGGCGGCGGUGGCUACUGGGCGGUAGUGGUGCUGUUUGUCAUCGGGCUCUUCGCGGCAGGAGCGUUCAUCCUCUACAAGUUCAAAAGCAGGAAACGGCCGGGCAGGACCGUGUACGCCCAAAUGCACAACGAGAAAGAGCAGGAGAUGACCAGCCCCGUGAGCCACAGUGAGGACGUCCAGGGCACUGCCCCGGGUGAGGAGUUUAUAGAUGAUGAUCUCGACUCACAGACUCUAGCGCCCACUGCCAGGAGGGGGCGGAGCCUCAGCCCUUCUCGCACCCCCUUGCUGCCGAUGCCGGGGGCAACCCCCACGCAGGCAACCACUCGGGCGUGGUCCUGAGCAUCAACUCCCGAGAGAUGCACAGCUACCUGGUGAGCUGAUGCCGCCCCAGCAUCCGUCGUUUCACCCACGGAGGGCACGGAACCACCAGUGAAGCCGGCGG